AUGGCUAAUCUCUCUACUCUUAUUUUGCAGGUUGUUGAAGGAUCCAAAGUACAAAGUACAGACACUUGUAGCGUGUGCUCUAUGCAUGGACACCCCACUAAUCAAUGUCCUCAAUUAAUAGAGAAUGGGGGAUGGGAAAGUGCCAAUGCCAUAGGUUAUCAAGGCCAAAAUCAACCUAGGUAUGACCCGUUUUCAAAGACCUACAAUCCGGGCUGGAGAGAUCAUCCAAAUUUGAAGUGGAGGGAGCCUCAACAAACUCAACAACAAGGCGAAUAUAAACAGCCACCUCUGGGGCUCUAUCAAAGGCCGUUCGCACCACCACAGCCUCAACCACAAACUGCCCAAUCAAAUUCAGGUUCGCCAUUGGAUAAUGAUCAAAUGCUUAAAGUACUAACUUCUUUGACUCAAGGUUUACAAAAUCAAGCCAAAGAGAUGAGCGAAGUGAAGAAGCAAAUUGGCCAGAUGGCGGAGUUCAUGGGACAGUUUAGAGAAGAAAGCAAACUACCUAGCUCAACCAUUGUCAAUCCAAAAGGAGGUUUUGAAAUGGCUAAAGCUAUCAUCUUGAGGAGUGGUAAAGAUAUUGGAACUAAUCUCAAAAUGUCCAAACAAAGCCUAAAAGAGAAUGAAAAGAUGCUGCUCAAAGAGAAGGAGGUGGACAAAGCCAUGACAAGGGAGGAACAACCCUUGCUGCAGUCCCCCAAACCUCCUACACAACCAAACUCAGGUAAGGUUGUUCCAAAUUCAACUCAUUCUAACCCUAUCCCACCAAAUGUGCCUUUCCCCCGCAGGUUUAUGCAAUCUAAGAAAGAAGAGAAUGAAAAGGACAUCUUAGAGACUUUCAGGAAGGUACAAGUUAAUAUCCCACUACUUGACGCAAUAAAGCAAGUUCCGAGAUAUGCUAAAUUCUUGAAAGAGCUUUGUACAACAAGGAGGAGGAUUUCAAACAAAGAAGUGGUAAGGGCAAGUGAGAAUGUUUCAGUAGUUUUGCAACGAAAAUUGCCACCUAAAUGCAAAGAUCCAGGUAGUUUCACUAUCCCUUGUGUUAUUGGUAACACCAAGUUUGAACAUGCCAUGUUAGAUUUAGGUGCUUCCAUUAAUGUCAUGCCAUACUCUAUUUAUGCAUCUAUGAACUUAGGAGAGCUUAAAAAUGAUGGCGUUAUAAUUCAAUUAGCCGAUCGUUGUAAUGCAUAUCCGAAAGGAGUUUUGGAAGAUGUUUUGGUGCAGGUUAACCAUUGA